AUGUACUCUACCACUACAAAUGCCGCUAUCCUCAAGGAUGCUUGGUUCAACUUCCGACGGGAUAGCCUCUUCAGAUGCCAGAAGCACCUUAUUGAGCGUUAUUUUUAUGAUCACUGGCUGAACCAUGUGCGAUUCAAUAUAUACGUUGAUGGCCACAUGCCACCCGGAAUAAGAUAUCGCUACGGUGGUAAAUAUAUGCACGCCCACAACUUUCCUGGUAUCUUCUCACCAGAUCCUCAGCUCACGCCUAACGACAAUGGUGAUCCCGAGACCGAAAAGGCCACCUUCGUUUUCAGACGUCGAAAGGGAAGGGACUGUCCCCGCGCUUCCCUCCCUUCCACUUGGAAUAGGCUCAUGCACGCGACCAACAAUGGGUGGCCUCCACUUCACAUUGAACCCCCGGAUGGAACGCGUAUCGAUUCAAUUGAGGUGUGUCUGGAAGGGUGGGAGGUGUCAAACGACGGGGUUUGCAUCAGCUUUCCGUGGAAGAAGUUGAUGACAAUGGUGAUCACCCGUAUUCUGGAGAUAUGGAAAAUGCCUCCAGUAGUUGUAGAUGAAGAUGAUCUACCGUUGCUGCCGCCACCAGUAGACUCAUUAUUGGUGGGGUGGUUCAUGCCCGAGCCAAGUUGGACCUGGCACUAG